AUGGACCCGGUGGACCCCCAUACCGAGCCCCGCCCUGAAGCACCUGUACGUGAAGCGACUGUGCAGGCGCCAGUCCGCGCUGAUGAUGCAUCCUGUUCUGCCCCCAGGCCUGCUGUGGCUCUUGACUUACGUGAACAGCCUUCGCCCUGCCAGUGGGUCGUGGACGUGGCUCGUGCGGAGCAUCUUGCCCGUGCCUCUGUCAACAGCCCUUCGCUUGAAGCUGCCCGGCGCAUUCUUUGCCUGCUUCCCUCUGAGGUCCCCGCACGGGGCCAAGCGCAUAGUGCCUCUCACUCCUGGACCUGCGGCAUGUGGACCUGGGGUGCCCGUGCGGGCGUUCGCGGCUUCGGGAAACCCGCUGUGACACGUUUCUUUUGUGCUCUACUUCGCCAGCACUUCCCUGGCCACGCAUUCACGAAUGCUGCUGUGUUCACAAACCUGCGCGCGGAACCGCACGUUGACUCCUGCAACGUGCCUGGUUUCCCCAACCUGCUUCUGCCAAUCAGCCUUUUCCGGGACGGCGACGUCUGGCAAGAAUCUCCAGUUGGCCGUGUUCCGCUGGCAGGGCACGAUGCCCUGGGCAUACGGCUCCGCGUCAGUUUGGGGCCCCAGACCUUAGACGCCAGCCGCCUGCAUGCCACACUCCCUUGGAAAGGCGUUCGGUGUUUGCUUGUGGGAUAUUGCCUUCAGGGUUGGGAGCGGCUGUCCGAGAAGGAACGACAGGAGCUCCUUAGUUUGGGUUUCCUUAACCCCGGUUCCCUAGUCCAGCCUGCCCCUGUGCGGCCCCUCACGCCCCCCACCCCGCCUUUAAUUUUGGAGUUAUUCUCCGGGUCUGGUCGCGUCACUGCGGCCCUGCGUGCACUUGGUUUUGAGGCUGUUGCCAUUGACAAGGUCAAGAGCGUUGGGUGUGCCGCCCCGCCCUGGGUGCUCGAUGUCUCUACGCCAGACGGCCUUGCCCAGCUGCUCCAACUUGUGCAAAACCCGCGCGUCUUGGGGUUGUUCGCCGCUCCGGCUUGUGGCACGUGUUCUCUGGCCCGUGGCAUUCCGUGCUGGGACAGCCAGGGCAAUCCGGUGCCUGUGCCCCGGCCUCUGCGGUCAGACCGUCACCCGGACGGUAUGCCCGACCUCCCCCCCGGUGAUGCUCGCCGUGUGCGCCUUGCAAACGAAAGCUACCUGGCGCUUCGACAGGCCGUGCGCCUGGGUGUGCAGCGUGGCAUCUUGAUUGCUGUGGAGAAUCCGCGGUCAUCCUUGUUUUGGAAGACUUCCUUUUGGCGCGACGUGGCUCCUGCUUUUCGCUAUGUGGAUCACCAGGCGUGCGCCUAUGGUGGCGACCGCCCCAAGUUCACCCGGAUUGCCUACACGCACCCUUCUUUCGAGUCCUUGUGCAAGCUGUGUCCCGGCUGCCCUGCGCAUGCGUCUUGGGGUGUCGACCCCGCGGCCCCCAACGGUUUCGCCACCAGUCGGGAGACCGCCUACCCUCGUCCCUUGGCUCAUGCCAUUGCGCAGUGCUUCGCGAGUGCCCUUCCCACUGUCGAGCCGCCGGGCCUCCAGCUUCCGGCGUUACGCAGCCUGGCUGGACUUCAACCAAAAGCUAGCAAGGUGCCAGCCUUGGUCCCGGAGUACAAGACCACUUGCGUGGUCCGGGGGCCUGCCGCCAGCCUGGUCCCGCCUUGCCAACCCAUGCAACGCCUCGAGCAGGCUUGGCCGGUGCCUGCGGAUUGUCAAUGCAGCUUGAAGGUCAUACCUCCCUAUGCUCAGUUGCUGCGUCUCAGUCCGGUUAAAAUGGGAAAGCAGGAUGAGGAAACUCGUAGGCAUGUUGAAUUGGCGUGGGGCAUUCCGUGGUCGCCAAGUGAAUUCAUUCAGUGUGCUUGCAAAGCUGUCCACCCUGUGGCCCAAGAAGCACAAUUACCCAGCGAACUUCUUCAAGCCGUCGAAGUGAAUUGCAAUGCGACGACAGCGUCGGCCCUUGAAGGGAAGCGCACAGCUUGGUUUGAAAAAUGGUUCAAACGGUGCUUGGAACUCAGGACAGACGAAUGCAAACUCAAGGAUGGCAUGCAUCCCGACGUCCGAGGCAUCCUUGAACCUAAAAACCUUCUUGUCUGGCGCGAAAUCUUAGAUGACCUCAACUACCCUGACAAAACUGUCAUCGAGGAGGUGAUUUCAGGGACCGUGUUGACUGGUGAAGUUCCGAGUACUGGGCUAUUCAACCCUGUUUUCAAACCCGCGGCAAUGUCCGAGGACUUGUUGCGAGACACCGCCGAUGAGGGCAGGUCCACCAAUGAGCCACUCUUGGGUCGUACCCAUGAUUUGAAAGCAGCAUAUCGACAGCUGGCGGUGUCCCAGAGUUCCGCUUGGUGCUCGUACGUUUGCAUCUGGGACCAUGAGCGUGCCGCCCCCGUGUGCUUCAGGCUCAAAGCGUUGCCUUUCGGCGCGUGCAGAAGCGUUUAUUCGUUUCUGCGCGUAGUGCAUAGCAUCUGGUUCAUAGGGACUGUUGGGUUAAGCCUCCCUUGGGUUUGCUAUUUCGAUGACUUCAUCACGAUUUGUUCGGGCAGCCUCGCACACAGCACUGACGCUACCAUCAAGCGCUUAUUCAAGCUCCUGGGCUGGACACUGUCCAGUGACGGAAAGAAGGACUUGCCGUUCAGGAGGUCUUUCGAAGCUCUUGGCAUCGUCGUCGAUUUAGAGGAGAGCGCGAACAAAGUUGUGAAGUUUGCAAACACCCCAUCCAGGGUGAGCGAACUCUGUGGGUCCAUUGGCGACAUACUCGACGCUGGUUCCCUCAAACAGCCUCUGGCCUUGAGGUUGAGGGGACGCAUGCAGUUUGCUGACAGUCAAUUGUUUGGAAGGUCCGCUAGGAUGUGCCUUAGACAAGUCACCAAGCACGCCUAUAGUGAUGUGUCCGAUACCUUGUGUGAGGAUUGCGUUUUCGCUCUGGACAGGUUCAGGAAGAUGCUUCUGGAGCACAAACCCAGAGUCUUGAACGGAUCUUUGCGGGAAAAAUUCGUCAUCUUCACGGACGCCUGCUUCGACCCAGAGGCAUCGGACUGGGCGUGUGGUAUUGGUGGCCUGCUGUUCUCUGACAGAGGUAAACUCCUAGGUGCCUUUUCCGAGCAACUUGAGCGCUGGCAGAUUGAAGCAUUGACCGAGGGCUUUCGUAAGACGGUCAUUUUUGAAGCUGAACUUUUGGCAGUUAUCGUUUCGCAGCUUGUAUGGGGACACGUCAUCAGACAUGCACCUGUGCUGUGGUUCGUUGAUAACAAUGCCUCCCGCGACAUCGCGAUUUCAGGCUGCACGAGGUCUGACAAUGCACAAGCGCUUCUAAAUGUCUUGCUGGAGAGCGAGGAGCAGUUCGAUGUCAAAGCAUGGUACGCCAGGGUUCCUUCUCCGUCUAACCCUGCUGACCAUCCCUCUCGAACAAAGCUGGAGUCCUACGUUCAUGGCAACACUUUGGUUGGUGCAGUUGACGUCCGUCAAACCCUUAAGGCUGUUUUCGAAAACUUCUUAAGGAAAAAGGUAAAAAGGUGA